CAGCUGAGUGCCAGAGGAAUUUCAGUCCUCGGUGCUUGUAUAUACACAGGGCUGCACAGUGCAAGACUCUGAGAGCAACACAUCCACUUUCCAAACACAGAGAGUGAACACGGUUUGGACCAAGGCAGACCACUGGCUAGUGUGUGGGCGAAAAGCUUACUGCUGUAAUCAUCCAAAUCUAAUACAACUGGCCAAACAAGGAUGUCUAAGGGUCCAGCUGUUGGCAUUGACCUGGGAACCACUUACUCCUGCGUGGGCAUCUUCCAACAUGGCAAGGUGGAAAUCAUUGCUAACGACCAGGGCAACAGGACCACACCCAGUUAUGUGGCAUUCACCGACACUGAAAGGCUGAUCGGAGAUGCUGCCAAGAACCAAGUGGCCAUGAACCCCAACAACACCGUGUUUGAUGCCAAGCGUCUAAUUGGUCGGCGCUACGAUGAUUCUGUUGUACAAUCAGAUAUGAAGCAUUGGCCCUUCAAGGUGGUUAAUGAUGGUGGGAAGCCAAAGAUGGAAGUGGAGUACAAGGGUGAGACAAAGACAUUCUUUCCUGAGGAAAUUUCCUCCAUGGUGCUUACAAAAAUGAAGGAGAUAUCUGAAGCCUAUUUGGGCAAGUCUAUAACAAAUGCAGUUGUUACGGUACCUGCAUACUUCAACGACUCACAACGGCAAGCCACCAAAGAUGCUGGAACCAUUGCUGGGCUGAAUGUCCUACGAAUCAUUAAUGAACCCACUGCAGCAGCCAUUGCCUAUGGGCUGGACAAGAAGGUUGGUGCAGAGCGCAAUGUUCUGAUUUUUGACCUCGGUGGGGGAACAUUUGAUGUGUCCAUUCUGACUAUUGAAGACGGGAUCUUUGAAGUCAAGGCCACUGCUGGGGACACUCACCUAGGCGGGGAAGACUUUGACAACCGAAUGGUCAACCACUUCAUUGGGGAGUUCAAGCGUAAGUUUAAGAAGGACAUCACCAACAACAAGAGAGCAGUCCGCCGCUUGCGAACAGCGUGUGAGCGGGCCAAGAGAACCCUGUCUUCCAGUACCCAGGCAAGUAUUGAAAUUGACUCCCUCUACGAGGGAGCCGAUUUCUAUACCUCCAUCACCAGAGCUAGGUUUGAGGAGCUCAACGCUGACCUUUUCCGUGGUACCCUGGAACCUGUGGAAAAAGCUCUUAGGGAUGCUAAAAUGGACAAGGCCCAGAUCCAUGACAUUGUCCUAGUGGGCGGCUCCACUCGAAUCCCCAAAAUCCAGAAGCUGCUGCAAGAUUUCUUCAACGGCCGUGACCUAAACAAGAGCAUCAACCCAGAUGAGGCUGUGGCAUAUGGUGCUGCUGUGCAGGCUGCAAUCCUGGCAGGUGAUAAGUCAGAGAACGUCCAGGAUCUUCUGCUUCUGGAUGUGACACCUCUCUCUCUGGGCAUCGAAACUGCUGGAGGGGUCAUGACUGUGCUUAUCAAGAGAAAUACCACCAUCCCAACCAAGCAAACACAGACUUUCACCACAUACUCUGACAACCAGCCUGGAGUACUUAUUCAGGUAUAUGAGGGUGAGCGAGCAAUGACCAAAGACAACAACAUUCUGGGAAAAUUCGAGCUAACAGGGAUCCCCCCUGCACCCAGGGGUGUCCCCCAAAUAGAGGUGACCUUUGACAUCGAUGCUAAUGGCAUCCUCAAUGUGUCAGCAGCAGACAAGAGCACAGGCAAAGAGAACAAGAUAACCAUCACCAAUGACAAAGGUCGACUGACAAAGGAAGAUAUCGAGCGCAUGGUGCAGGAAGCGGAGCAGUACCGUGCUGAAGAUGAAGUACAACGAGACAAAGUCACGACCAAGAACUCGUUGGAGUCCCUUGCCUUCAACAUGAAGAGUACAGUGGAAGAUGAGAAGCUGAAGGACAAGAUCAGUGCAGAAGACAAGAAGAUGAUCAUAGACAAGUGCAAUGAAGUGAUUUCCUGGCUGGACAAGAAUCAGACGGCAGAAAAGGAUGAAUAUGAGCAUCAACAAAAAGAGCUGGAAAAAGUGUGUAAUCCUAUAAUCACAAAGCUUUACCAGGGGGCUGGUGGCAUGCCGGGGGGGAUGCCUGGGGGAUUCCCCGGGGGCGCCAGCAGCUCUUCUUCAGGUCCCACUAUUGAGGAGGUCGACUAACUCUAUUUAAGCCUCUUCACCAGUACCUGGGGAGCCACUGAUUUCUCAAAACUACCCUGCUGUCUUUCUAAAUGAUCCUUAAAUACUUCUGAUUUGUCCGCCACCUCAGAUAAGCAAAAAGUAUUAUGUGAUCAAAUAAGGCUAAGUUGCUUUUAUGACAUUUAAUAGUCAAACCAAAUAAAAAUGAUAAUAUACAAAAUGUAUAAGACAAUGGAUUAGGAAAAUAUAUUUUGAUAAUUUGUCUUCAGAUGUUCAUCACACACUGCAGCUUAUAUUAUCGUUUCCUUAUGAGGUUUUCAUAUUGCUGCCUAUUCCUCAUUUCUACACACCUGCACAAAACAAUGUUCUGAAAACAUUUUGUCUUAUUCAAAUUUAUUCUGUCUUAUCAUAUUACGCAGUGUGAUAACACUGGUGUGGUGUGCAAAAAUAUUAUCCUUUAACACUGUUAGAAUGAAAAAAUAAAGUGAGUUAUAUAAGGAACACAAAAA